GAUGAGCGAUGGCAAUAGAAAAGCCAGGAGAGGAAUUUGAUACAGUUUUCAAUCGAAAUGACUCCCUAGAGCUGUCGUCGCAUCACGAAUAUGAGAGUGUGCAGGCUCGGAUCUUCAAGAUUAUAGUCAUAGGGGAUUCAAAUGUGGGCAAGACGUGUUUGACUUACCGGUUCUGCGGGGGCGCAUUCCUCAAAAACCCAGAAGCAACAAUCGGGGUUGAUUUCAGAGAGAGGACGCUGCAGCUCGAUGGAGAAAGCAUCAAGUUGCAGAUCUGGGACACAGCAGGCCAGGAGCGCUUCAGGAAGAGCAUGGUGGAGCACUACUACCGCAGCGUCCACGCUGUCAUCUUCGUGUACGACAUGACCAGCCUGUCCUCCUUCGAGAGCCUCCCCGAAUGGAUUGACGAGUGCACCCGGCACUCUGUGGGCCCCAUGGUACCCCGCAUCCUGGUGGGCAACAAGUGUGACCUGAGAGACUCCCGGGAGGUGCCCACGUCGGUCGCCCAGCGCCUUGCAGACAGCUACAAUUUCCCGCUGUUUGAGACGUCAGCCAAGGACCCUGCUGAGAAGGAGCAUGUCGAUGCUAUCUUCCUGACACUGGCCUACAGGCUCAAGAGCCAUAAACCCCUGAGACUGAAGCAGCCCAGCGAGAGCAGUGUCAGGUAUCUGUGGAAUCAGAGAGAGCGGGAGGAAGCAGCUUGUCAGUGCUGAGGUCACGUCUGACCUGUGUACACAAACACAGGACGAAAACGUCACCAGAGCCUUUGCAAACACAAUGAUGCCGACGAAAGCAACAUUAAGACUGAAACUGGAAUGAUCUGAUUUGAUCAGCAGAUAGAACAGGAGGAGGUAGUGUGGAAAGCCUCUUACUGAGUUUUAUAAAUUUACCCGUUUCUCUGCUGUAAGCGCACAUUGCUGGUGUAACUAUUACAGAUUUGAACAAUAUUAAAUCAACAAUUAAGUGAAAUGCAUGUGAAUGAAUAUGUACCUAUGCCAAAUAACUGCAGCUCGAUCUGCACAUGAAUUCACUUUGAGUCAAACUACAUAGAAUUACAGACUGCACUUUAACACACAGACAAUUGAUGAGCAAUCAUCCAUCCAGUGGCACUAAAGCUGAUCUGUCCAGAGGAGACAGUGAAUUAAAGGAAAGACAAUAUUGCAAUGGUAGAAAGGGACCAGUGUAAGGGAGGGUGUUGUAACUGUGAAGAAAAAUGUGCAAUUAUGUCAGAAUUUACAAAACUUCAACAGAUUUUUCAAGAGACGUCCCAGUUCUUGUUAAAUCUGUCAGUGCAACCGCAGCAUGCAUUUUGAUGAUGUUAUGGAGAGAUGAGCAUUGGCACAGUCAUUUCUAUACCAGCUCAAUCACACAUACAGCACUUCAAAGAGAGAACUCCACUAGUGAAAGGCACUAAUGACAACAUGUAGCUAUCAUUUGGGACAAAACUGCAACUAUGGUCUUCAAAUCCACAUAAUUAUUUGGAAAUGGUGUGACUAAGGAAUGGGGAAUGUUUAGGUAUUCUUUCAAUUUAAGGUGAAGCCACAGGAAAACUGAGGGUGUGGUCAUGUAAAACCAAGAUGAUUGAUAACUGUGUUGCAUGUAUACAGUAAUGCAAACACCUUCUGACAGUAUGGAGCUUC